AUGGCAACGGCGUGACGUGGGGUUACUGGGAGCUGCGGGAGCAGCGGUAGCGGCUUCAGUUCUAGGCUACCCGGCCGCCCGGGCAGGAAUAGAGGGAGAGGAGCUACCGCCCAACGCCGCCCCUGCGCUCGGGGGCCCUGAACCCGCCCGGCUGCCGCUAACCUCCGCUCUUCCUCUGGACUGAGGAGUGCGCAGCUGGUAUCAGAGCCGAGAGGGCAAGGGAGGGCAGCGCGCAUGGCCUCGGCAGGCGCGCGGCGACUCCCGGCCGGGACGCGCGCGGCGGCCAGGGGCUGCAGCGGCCUCUCCCUGCGCCCGGCCCCGCCCCCGGUCCCUCCGCGACCGCCGGUCCCAAUGAGAUUUCUGAUCUCCUGCAGCCUCUUCUUGCCCCGGGCUGCCCAGGUCUUGGCGGCUGAGGCUGGCUUACCUCCCAGCCGUUCCUUCAUGGGCUUUGCUGCCCCCUUCACCAACAAGCGAAAGGCUUACUCCGAGCGUAGGAUCAUGGGGUACUCAAUGCAGGAGAUGUACGAGGUGGUAGCCAAUGUCCAGGAGUAUCGUGAGUUUGUGCCCUGGUGUAAGAAGUCUUUGGUGGUAUCCAGCCGCAAAGGUCACCUGAAGGCCCAGUUGGAGGUUGGCUUUCCACCUGUUAUGGAACGUUAUACUUCUGCUGUUUCCAUGGUCAAACCUCACAUGGUCAAGGCUGUUUGCACCGACGGCAAGCUCUUCAACCACUUAGAGACCAUUUGGCGGUUCAGUCCUGGUAUUCCUGCCUAUCCCCGAACUUGCACUGUGGACUUCUGGAUUUCCUUUGAAUUUCGUUCUCUGCUGCACUCCCAACUGGCCACCAUGUUUUUUGAUGAGGUUGUCAAACGGAAUGUCACUGCCUUCGAGCGCCGGGCAGCAACCAAGUUUGGUCCAGAAACAGCCAUCCCCCGUGAACUGAUGUUCCAUGAGGUGCACCAAACUUGAGGCAAAGGAUUGUUCCCUAGCCUCACCUCUCCUCUCCCUCCUCACCCAAUUCUCUUAUUUAUUUCAUUUAGCUCCUGCUCCAAUCUGAGAGAAGAGUCUAUGUUCAUAAUACUGUUCUUCCACUCAAACUGGGCUCUAAGCUGGCUGGAAAUGCUGGGGGAAAGAAAAGGCAGGGAAGUAUGGAAAGGAAUGCUUAGUAUGGAAAGUAGUAUGGAAGUAUGGAAAGGAAAGUAUGCUUAGGAAAGGGUCAGGCUCAUCUUGAGAGCCCAUAUGCCUGAUGCCUGCAACCUUCUCACACUGAAUUAUAAUCAGGACUGUAUGGUUGUCUCUGAGCUCUUGUCAAGGUGCCUUAGUGUCUGACCAGGGGAAGACAGCAACUUUUCUUAGGACUGAAUAAACUGAAUUCCUUUCUCUGACACAGAGCUACUGGGUAGUCAGUAACUUUGCCUGCUCUUGGUGAAGGGGCAGGAUAAGAACCCUGAUAAAUAAAGGGAUAUUUGCUUGUGGCAGGGGAUGAGGAGGGAGGUUUACUAUUUUUAAUGCCCUCAGCCCCUCAGGAGAUGCCUGAGAUCUGGCCCCAGCUUAAAAUCUGUAUGACCUCACUUUAAGAAUAGUUCCAUGCUGCCUGGCUAGUGGAGAGCAAGGGGCUUUCUCCCCAUCAUUGCCACAGGGGGAAAGGAGCAAAAGAGCACUGAACAGUUAUACUCUUGGGUUGUACCUUAUUCUUCCACUCCUGAGUUUUUAUAAAAUUUCAAUAAAUUAAUUGUGACAGUAUGAAUCUGACUUUUAUAUAUUGCUUCUCAGGGGAAUAAUGUAGCUAUAGUAGAGUAGUAGAAAGUCAUGGCUUCCUUCCCUAGCGGAGUGAAGGUGCAAGAAGUCCUCUUGGACACAGUGUCCCUGCUAACUAUAGUAGCACAUUCUACAAGCCAGGACCUAGUACCCACUCCCUUGCCUAUUUAUAGACUUUUUCAGAAGGUCAGUUGCAGCAGGAGUCUCAGGACAGAGUAAUCUGGUCUCAGACCUCCCAUAUAACUGAUGCCCUCCAGACCACCUCUUAUUCUGGGGGAUCCUUAAGGGAAGCUGCAAAGAACUGGCAUUUCACGAAGUACCAGAGCCCUCUAGAGGCUCAGAUCCUGAGUCAGUAGUUCUACCUUAACUGCCCUUGGUAUAGUUUGUUCCUUUCACCCAAUGGGCUGGACCAGCUUCCUUGGAUUAGUCACAUAAGCAGUUGUGACGUCUCAGCUACUGUCCUUGAGUGUUCUACCUUACGACAAGUUUAGGAAGGAUAGGGGCUAAAGAUCAAGGACUUCUAACCAUGAAGACAGACAGCAAUCUCCUUUGGAAAUCUCAUAGGGAACCUGUCUUCUGAUUAGCGUAAAUGAAUGCCAAACCUACCUCAAGAUAAAAAAGAUGCACAGGAUAACAUAACCCACCAAGUCCAGGAUCUUGCUAGCCAGAAUCCUUACCUCAUAAUAGAGAUUGUCCCAGGCCUUAUUUACUAGGCUCAAGCAUUGUUAAUAAAAACAUUUAUUUUGCAUUUUAUACAGAACAACCUGAAAUCUGCAUCAUGACUUGACAGUUACCCAGGGGUUUACAGACAGUAUUAUCCAUCUCAACAGCGUGGUUCUGGGGAUUUGGGAUCCACACAAACACAGGCAGGAGUUGCGAGGGAGGAAGGGGGCACAGCAGGAGUGUAUUUUUAAUCCUUUCUUGAAAAGAAAAGGCAGUAGAGCAUUCUGAGUCACUGGAAACCUGUGCAUAUGGGGCUUCUAAAACAAACACUGUACUGUGAGAUCUUGGGGAAGGGGCAGGAUAAGAACCCUGAUAAAUAAAAGGAUAUUUGCUUGUGGCAGGGGAUGAGGAGGGAGGUUUACUAUUUUUAAUGCCCUCAGCCCCAGUACCUCAUAUUCAAAGGAGACCAUGUCCAAUCUCAUUUCCCUGUUCAGAAAGAGGUGCUAGUACCCCUGGGAUCAGGCCAUGAAGAUAUCAUGCUGGUAAUUCCCAAGUCCCUGUUCUACAGCCCACAGCAUAUUAAAGGGGAAAGAAAAAAGGUCAGAGGGUAGUGGCUUGUGUUCCAGGGAAGCAAAAAGCUUAGUUCAUAUUAAGCACUGAUAAAGCCAAAUAAUGGGAAAGACCACAAUAUCAUACAGUGCUGUAUACAACCUGCUGAAAGAGGUCUCUAGUAGGGACCAAGAGGGGAAGGUCCAGAGCAACCUUGGCUUGAGGUGCAGCAGGUAUAGAAAAUCUGGAAAGAGGUGAGUAUUCAAGUAACAGGGAAUAGAACACUCCCAGAUCUUAAUUUCAAUGGGAUAAUUUAAAAAAGAGAAAUAAAAAUCAAA